AUGGUCCAUCUCGCUUCCGCCCUUCUCGUGGCCAGCGCGGCCUUUGCCGUUGCCGCUCCCGCCAACGAGAUCUUUGAGCGUCAGACCUGCUCCGUCCAGGCCAACUACCCGACCCAGAACAAUUCCAAGCUCCCCGAUCCGUUCACCAGCGCCAGCGGGCAAAAGAUCACCACCAAGGCCGACUUUGAGUGCCGCCAGGAGGAGAUCAGCAAGAUCAUGCAGCAGUAUGAGUUCGGUGUCUACCCACCACCCCCCGACAGCGUCACCGGUACCAUGAGCGGAAACAACAUCCAGGUCCGCGUGACCGUCGGCAGCAAGAGCAUCACCUUCAGCGCCGGCAUCCGCAAGCCAUCCGGCAGCGGUCCUUUCCCCGCCAUCAUUGGUGUCGGUGGCGCCUCCAUCCCCAUCCCCAGCAACGUUGCCACCAUCACCUUUGGCAACGACGCCUUCGGUGCCCAGUCCGGUAUGGGUUCUCGCGGCCGCGGUCAGUUCUACGACCUCUUCGGCAGCAGCCACUCGGCUGGUUCCCUUACCGCUUGGGCUUGGGGUAUUGACCGGUUGAUCGAUGCUCUGGAGAAGACCCCUGCUGCGGGUAUCGACACCACACGUCUCGGCGUGACCGGCUGCUCCCGCAACGGCAAGGGUGCCUUUGUUGCCGGCGCCUUCGUCAAACGCAUCGCCCUCACCAUCCCCCAGGAGUCCGGUGCCGGUGGUGCGGCCUGCUGGCGCAUCUCUGACCAGCAAAAGUCGUCUGGCGCCAACAUCCAGACUGCCAGUCAAAUCAUUGGCGAGCAGCCCUGGUUCUCCAAAAACUUUGACGCGCACGUCCGCUCCAUCACCAACAUCCCGCAGGAUCACCACUUCCUCGCGGCCAUGAUCGUGCCCCGUGGUCUCGCCGUGUUUGAGAACAACAUCGACUGGCUCGGCCCCGUCUCCACCACCGGCUGCAUGCGUGCUGGUCGCCAAAUCUACAAGGCUUACGGCGUGCCCAACAACAUGGGCUUCUCGCUCAUCGGUGGCCACAACCACUGCCAGUUCCCCAGCGGACAGAACUCGGAGCUCAACCAGUACAUCAACUACUUCCUGCUUAAGAGCGGCACCGCCCCCGGCUCGGUGGAGCGCAGCACUUCCAACGCCAACACUGAUGCUUGGUACCCAUGGGCCGCCAGCGCUCCCACCCUUUCCUGA